AUGGCCGGAAAGACUUGUGUUCUUAUUACAGGGUGCUCGCCUGGAGGCAUUGGACAUGCUCUCGUGAAGGAGUUCCACCGUCAAGGCUGCCACGUCAUUGCGACGGUGCGAAACGCCGACAUGAUCAAAGACCUUGAAGCUCCCGGCAUCAGUGUCUUUCCCCUUGAAGUCACCGAUCCCAAGAGUAUCAGCGAGUGCAAAGAGAAGGUCUCUCAAUUGACCGGCGGUCGUCUCGACGUUCUCGUCAACAAUGCUGGUCGAACACAUACCAUCCCCUCCCUGGACAUUGACCUCGAUGAUGUGCGCGCCACAUACGAAGUCAACGUCUUCGGCCCCAUGAUCAUGGUCCAGGCCUUCGCACCUCUUCUUAUCGAAGCGCGCGGCCUGAUCCUCAAUAUCUCCAGCACAUCAACCCUCGUGCCCUACAUCUUUGGCUCCAUCUACUCCUCCACCAAGGGCGCCAUCAACGUGUGGUCCCGCGCGUUGCGUCUCGAGCUCAAGCCUUUCAACGUGCGUGUCAUGACCGCCGUGACGGGCACGGUGCGCUCCAACAUCGCGAGCCGCACGCACCGCUCGCUCCCCGAGAACUCGCUUUACAUGCCGAUCCAGGACUUCUUCGAGCGGCGGUUGACGUUCAGUCAGCGCACGGCGACGGUGCCGACCGAGGUUUAUGCGCGCAAGCUUGUGACGCAGGCGCUCAGGGGCGAAGGGUAUCUUGGUGGGUUGAUUGGAGGGACGCCGGAUUGGUUCUAUGCGGGAGGUAUGGCUACCAAGGUUUGGAUUCUGUCGUGUUUGCCUCGGUGGGUGAGUGAGACUGUCAUCGGGAUCUUCUUCAACAUUGGGGGUAUGACCAGGAAGAUCCAGGCUGCGCGAGCGAAGAGGGAUUAA